GCUAUGUUCACGAUUGGGUCACACUAUUCUCCCCUCCACUGAAAUGAGCGCAUUGGGUGUGCCUGCAUCAAUUUCAUAGGUAGUAUAGGAAAGGGCUGCUCGCGUCACAUUUUUGUGGCACAUACCAUGGCGCGAUAUUGUGCACUUGAUCCAUCAGUCACUGUAGAAAGAGAGUUUUGCAUAAGACGUAAUGGCUCGUGGAUGGAAUGCCCUCUCAUUGAGUCAACUUCACUGGAAGCUGUCCGUGAUGAGAUAAUCAAAGCAAAAAGGCAAAUCAGCGAAAUAUGCAGGGAAGAUGAUGGUUUACGGAAGUGGAGAUUGCACACUAAAAAUACGCAUCCAUUGUCCACAGCUCCUAAGCUGCUGCGAGAUAAGUAUAAUUGCCAAGGAACUAGUCAGGCCUACUGCAAAUUCUUGGAAAUCCUUCGCCGAUAUCCCCUGUUUCGCUCUAGCGAGAUGCGGCUUCGCUCUUUUCACCUAUGCGAAGCUCCUGGCCACUUCAUUUCUUCGCUGGACCGCUUUCUUUGCACGUUCUAUCCUAAGGUAGACUGGGAUUGGGAGGCUAAUUCCUUCAAUCCACAUCAUGAGGGUACCAGUGCAUGCGAUAUGUUGCUCGAAGAUGAUCUGAUUGUUAGGCAUCCAGAUCAUUGGCACUUUGGCCAGGAUGGGAGCGGCGACGUCAGAAAGUGGGAUUCAGGAUAUGUGAGUUCCUUAACACGUAGUGGUCGCUAUGAUCUUGUUACUGCAGAUGGGAGUUUAUACACACAGGAUAAUCCAGAAGAGCAGGAAUCCAUGACUUUACCUCUUCUGCAAGCUGAAUUAACAGCAGCAAUAGGACUUCUCGCUCACUUUGGCUCGCUGGUUGUAAAAAUCUACACAAUGUAUUCACAAGACACUCGAUUACUCAUACAAAAGACUGCGUCAUUUUUCAAUGAUGUCUAUGUAUUCAAACCCAUGAGCAGCAAAGGGGGAAAUAGCGAGAGGUACCUGGUCUGCUUACGGUUUAGUGGCGCUGCACCUUUAAAGAGUGAUGGAAGAAACACCGAAAAUACACUAAUCAACUGUGAGAUAUUCUUUUCAAAACUGCAGUGCUCGUCUAUCGAAGCAAAUCUAGCGACAUACUGUGCAAUUUCGAAGGAAGAGUUGAAUAUAUAUCACGAUCGUAUUCUUAGUGAGUUCCAAAAACGAAUUCUUGCAAAAUAUAUUGCGCAUCCUUCAAGAGAAUCACGCCUUAACCAGGAGAAAGUCGAUCGACCUUGGAUUGAUAUGUUUGGGAAAAACUACGUGGAAAUUCUGAAGCAUGUGUCUGAUGAGCGGAGUGCCUUAGAGCAACUCAGAAUCUUUGAUCAAGAAGAUGUCAUGAGAGAAGAAGAAGAAGAACUCACGAACAUCAUAGAAAUUGAAUUUUCUGCAGAAGAGCUGGAUUUUUUUGAGUGGGAUGAACGUCGCCUUAUCAAAGAAAAGGUGGUUGUGGUCAGCUCACCAUUGAACGGAAUUUUACAUUCUUUAUUCACUCCCCCUAUCCUUUUCCGUUGUCUUCAUUAUUGGAAGCCUAAUGCAGUCAUAGACCUAUGUGCCUCCUUUACUUCUCAGUCCAGGGAACCAAACCACUAUGCUGGUUCACUAGUAAUGCAUGGAGAUUUACUGUUAGAUGCAUCCAAGUUGCGGUGCUUCGCUAACUGGUCUUUUCUACUGAAAAGUGUUCUUGCUGGAGUUCGUAACGAAGAAAUAAAGCGAUUGGAAAUAAGUUGGUCUGAGUUGUCAGUACCAUUCAUACUAUCGCGACUGUCUGCAUCAGUGAUUUGUCUGUUAUGCGUUAUGUUCUUUCAAAUUCACAUAGGGGAUAAAAGUGGAUCAAUCGUCUUUGAAAAGCCGAACUACUCUGAAGAUAUUCCUGAUAGUUUAGAAUCCUAUCUCUCGCUACUGGAUAAUCUGAACAGCAGCACAGGAGAAAUAUGCUGUUUUGUUCCACUCUCCAUGCUGGCAAUGUUUCAUCCCUCCUUUUUCAAUUUCAAUCGACAGCAGUGGAGAAAAUUGCUCGACAGCUUGAAGCUAGACAAACGUUGGACUGCCUAGUUUGAUUGAUAUUCAUUCCACAGUAAGAGAUCUCAAAGUGUGUUCAUUAUUUUCUAAAGACAUGCCUGUACAUGGAUUGCCUUUGUGUGUUUUUUUUUUGCUCACUGGAAAUAUAUGAUCUCGUUUGUGCUGCUCUGUUGGACAUCCUUAUCAGUUUUUCCCGAGUUUUAACUGUAUGGAAUGAAUACAAUCAUAAUUCCUCAUUUCCCAUGAAAGCCGUUGGUUAGCCUUUCUUCUUUCUAGUCUCGUCAAAAUGUCGG